AUGAAUUACAUACGAGGGAUCUCGGGGCCUGUCUCCAAGACAUGGAAUAGCAUCAACCCUUCUAUAUUGAGUGGCGCUAUCGAUGUUAUCGUCAUCGAGCACGAGGAUGGCUCCCUGGCAUGUUCUCCGUUCCAUGUGCGGUUUGGAAUGUUCUCUCUGUUGCGGCCAUACGAGAAGAAGGUGGAGUUUAGGGUCAACGAUGUCAAGCAGGACUAUGCAAUGAAGCUGGCAGAGGGAGGAGAAGCUUUCUUUGUCUUCGAGACCAGCGACAAUAUCCCCGAGGCUAUGCAGACAUCGCCUCUGAUCUUUUCCCUUGUCGAUGGACAUUCCGAUGAUUAUACCAAAAGGUCUCACUGCCCUCCGCCAUUGCCUACGAGAGAAGCUAUCGAGCCUGCAGUGGCUUUGUCAAACAGGCUCUCGGUCGCGAAUAUACCAUCGCAAGUCACAGAUACUGGCGAUUUGAUACUGGACAUGGCCGGAUACAAGAGUAGUGAAGAUGAUGCUUUACGAGCUGAAGUCUGCAAGAAAUCUUUUGUCGGAAGAGUGGGAAGCGAGGAAGCAAAGGAAGCUGCCAAUCAACGAGCCGCUCUCGUUGGCAUCAAUGAUGCUGCCUCGGACACUGGUAACCACAGCGCAGCCGAGAGUGAUAUCCGGACACCAAUGGUCACUGCCCAUCAUCGACCAGCCUACGAUGCCAGUACCUUAAAUGGGCUGGAAACACUUCCAGAGACGCCACCAGAGAGUGUAGGAGAUCCAAAUCGCAACUAUGCCAAGACACUUCGAUUGACUAGUAACCAGUUGAAAGCCAUCGGACUCAAGUCUGGACCAAAUCCUAUGGCCUUCACGAUGAAUAGGGCAACAUGCUAG